AUGAUAUUGGCAUCUGGCAGUGUCGAUAUGUCAAUAUGUUUAUGGUAUGUUAAGACAGAAAAAGAAAUUUAGCCCUCUCAUCAAGAUAUUUUUACAUAAUUUAUACCUUCGCUAUAUUAAGAAAAAUCCCUAACAUUAAAAGGUAUUUAUUUUUUAUUGAUUCAGUCAACCCAUAUAUUCCUAUUCUUGAAAUUGGCAAAAAUCCAUAUUUGCUAGCAAAUGGAGCCUUAAUACAAUAAGGAAAAUUUUUAACUUCAGGGGGAGUAGAUUUAAGAGCCUUUUUAAAAGAUAGAGGGAGUGUUAUUUUGGAAAGUUAAUUGUGA